AUGGAAGACAUCAUCGUUAUGGGCCAGAAACACAUGGAGGGGAAGCAAAUUGCCGUUAAGGUCGGGACGCAGAAGUUUGUGCUACAAGAUCAGAUGCAACAUCUUGUCACAGGUAUCCAAUUUGGAAAAGACUGGAUCGACAAUACGGUGCAGGCAAGCCCGAUGGCAAGUACUGCCUGGGCGGGCGUUUGCUUACUUUUGCCCCUUCUGACCAAUCCGGACGAAGUCGACCAAGCAAACAAGGAGGGUUUCGCGUAUGUUACCCAAAAGAUCCAAUAUUAUACAGAUAUGGAUUUCCAAACAAAGGCGAAAACUCGUUUACGAGAACUUUUUAUCGAGCUUUACAAGGCAGUUAUCGACUUCCAAGCCCAUACCGUAUUGCGGUUCUUCAGGAGCCGAUUCAGCAAUUUCGUGAGAGAUAUUGCGAUAUGGGACUUUUGGGAGGAAAUGCUCCAAAAAGUUAAAGGGUCAGUGCGCGAUGUCGACGAAAGGUCCCAGCAAAUGUAUUCCAACGCGACCAAGGGAACAUUAGACGAGCUCGUCCAGAUGACGAGGGAGGUAAAAGAAGACAAGUGUCUACAAGCUUUGAGACGAGGACAUUAUAUUUGGUACAAAAAGCGCCUUCCAAACCGCGUAUCAGAUACUUGUUCUUGGUUCCUCAACCAUGAGAGCUAUCAGUCAUGGCUAGCGGCCGAAUCUGGUCCAUUGCUGGUCUCGGCCGAUCCAGGGUGCGGCAAAUCCGUCCUCGCGAAAUACCUUAUCGACUCCAAAUUCGAUUUCAGGUUAUCCAAAGAAGCUGCAAUAUGUUACUUCUUUUUUAGGGACCCUGACCAGAACACGAUUGAGCUGGCUCUGUGUGCCUUAGUCCCCCAAUUGCUUUGCCUGCGCCCUCAGCUAAUGCGGCAUGCCCUGGCAAGAUACAAGCAGGACGGAGCAAAGCUUGCCGAAAAUGUCACUGCUCUAUGGAAUACUCUGGAGAGUGCUAGCGCAGAUCCAGAGGCUGGAACUGUUCUGAUUGUUCUUGACGCUUUGGACGAAUGCCGUCAAGAUGAGCGCAACAUGGAAACUUUGUCACAAUUCAUCCAUGAACAUUUCCAUAAAGGCAGACGAAAAAGCUUGAAAAUCCUCUUGACCAGUCGGCCCUACCAAGGAACGAUUUAUCACAUUCAAAAACUCGAAAAGUCCUUUUUCAGCAUCCGAAUUAAGGGCGAAGAUGACUCGGAAACGAUUAGCGAGGAGACCAAUGCAGUUAUCGAAUAUCGCGUUAGCCGUUUCAAGUUGGAUAUGGAGUUGGAUCCAACCCUUAUAAAACACCUAGAAGAACGUCUUAAAGGGAUUGACUCUGCCAUUCAAACCUUACCAGCCACAGUGAAUGAGGCGUAUGAGGAGAUUUUCAGCCAAUCCAGCGAUCCAACAAAAGCCAGGAAAGCUAUUCUCAUCCUCCUCGCUGUAUAUCGCCCGCUUACUCUUCGCGAAAUGCAAAUUGCAGUCGAUUUGAGUAUGAAUACACGGUGUCUGGGAGAUUUUGACAUGGAAUCCGACGAAAAUUUCAAAACGCGUCUUCGAGAGUGGUGUGGGCUAUUUAUUACGGUGCACGACAAAAGGGUCUAUUUUCUCCAUCAGACGGCGAGGGAAUUUCUCCUGCCUAUCGCAGUGUGCCUGCCGGGCCCUAUUAUCACCAGAGCGUGGGCACAUACUUUGGAUAUGUGCCAAGCACACGCGGUUCUUGCAGAGUCCUGUGUGGUUUAUCUUCACCUCCGAACAGAAAAGGAGGUGGUAACCGAGCUUAUGGACUAUUCCGCCAGACAUUGGGGUUCUCACUUCCGCGAAACUGAUGUCGAAAAUGCUGCCAUUAUAUCUUUCGCGUCAAAUAUUCGUGAUCCAAAUUCGAACCAUUAUGCAGCGUGGUCUGAAAUUUAUCGUCAGUUUGCCAGGGGCUUGCUGGAAAAUGCUACAAAUCUUAUUUUAGCAUCCCAUUUUGGGCAUAAAGGGGUGGUUCGGAUGCUGCUGGAUACAGAUAAGGUCGACGUCGAUGCGAAAAACAAACAUGGCCUAACGCCGCUGUCAUGGGCUGCGGCAGAAGGGCACGAAACCGUGGUUCGGGUGCUGCAUGAAUUUAUUCAUAACAGGUCUAGGCAUGACCCAAUCCCAACUGGUGUUUCUUCUUUGCUUCGAAACUCAGAGUGA